UGCAGGGGCCUGAUUGGUAUGCCAAAGCAGUACUGAUCAGCUCGGCCUCGCAAAAGGAAGCCGGUAUUGUGCCACCUUUUCUCACGUCAACAGCUACUGCGUUGAGCUACUGCGUCGGAGAUUAUAGAGGAGAGACGAGCAUGAUCCGCAGUGCGUGGGGAAAAGCGAACAUUGAGUGUGCACAGGCACCUCGAGUCUCGGUAUAAGGACUGCCUCAAGGUAGCCCUUGUUGAUCAAGCUGGACUCUCGAACAUCUCAUCCCCUUAUCCCUCCCUCUUAUAUCAUUUGUAGCGAUUCCACACGUGCUUGGCACCAUGGCAUCUCGGUCUGUUCAUAUUGUGUUGAGUGUCGCAUGGCAAGAUGCUGGAGACACCACACGCGCAAUUGCCAUGGCCAUCGCAUUGCGAGACAUGUGCCCCCCUGAUGUCGACCUCAAAAUCGACUUUUUGUCAUGCGGUGCCCGGUUUGAGUAUCAGAUAACAGAUGCCGGCUUUAACAUCGUUCCUGCUCAGCCGCGCGUAAAGGGCAUCUCGGUAGCACAUGACCUUGGCUGGGACUGGCCAGAGUUCUUCGGUUCGGAGGAGAUUGCCAAGUCCUUCAUUGAUGGCCAACUCGCUGCUUUCAAAGAACUGAAGCCCGACAUUGUAUUCCAUGGCAUGUGGGCUCCGGCUUCCAUCGCUGCACGACUCCUCGGCAUCCGCACCAUCAACUUUCUACCAGUCCCUCUGCACCCUGGAGCAUUCUGUCAUGGUCUGAUCAGGGAUCUUCCUGAUAUGGUGCCGCUCUUCACCCGCCUUCCUCGACCAGUCCGCCAACGGAUAGCAUGGUGGGGAAGUGGCUUGAUGACAAAGGCUCCCAUAUUCCAGCAGAAGCGUUUGGGCGCAGCCGCCGCCGCCGCCGGCUGGCCCAUCUCAGGGCCCAUCUCACUCUUUGAUAUGAACAUGGCAGAUCUCAACCUGGUCAAUGAUCAUCCAAUUUUCCACCAAGAGUACCUCCAUCGCAUACCUAAGAACAUCGUUCUUACGGGUCCACUGUACGCGCGAAACGACUCCAAGCUAGACGACGAUAUCGCGACUCAUCUAACAAAGGGACCCGGCCCAUCCAUUCUGGUUACCAUGGGCAGUUCUGGCACAGAGGAGUUCUUGUUCGAGGCAAUCAAGGCUCUUAACAUGAACCCUGAUGAUAACUGGAAUGCAGUUGUCCUGGCUUCGAAAUCAAUCUGCGACAUUAAUAAGGCGAAUGAAAUCGCUAAUGGAGAUCCACGCCUAUUGGUGACGGACCGUUUCAUCCCAGCAUCUGCUGCCAACGCACUUGCUGAUCUCAUCGUUACGCAUGGAGGACAGGGAACCGUCCAAUGCGCUUUGGCUGCCGGAAAGCCUCUCGUAGGAGUCGCGCUACAGGUCGAGCAGCAGACGAACCUGGACAAUGCAAUGAAUGCCGGGGCUGGUAUUCGCGUACAGAAGCACUUGUGGAAGGCGAAGAAUAUCCGCGCCACAGUACUUUCAGUCCUGAACAACCCAUCUUACGGCAACAAAGCUAGGGCUCUGGCGGACAAGUUGAACUCGAUGGACGGUGCGAAGACAGCUGCGGAAGUCAUGUGGAAGUUCAUCCUCGAAGAGCAUUCGGAGAAGGUAAAGUCAUAGGCUCUUGCGAGUCUGGAGAUAUGCUCUUGUGCCGUCCUUUUGUUUGUGAAGUUUCGGGGUACAGUAAAUGUUCUAGAAGCGAUGCGUUGACGUUACUAUGUAAUUAUCGAUUCCCUUGCUCAUCGCUGCAUAUUUCAAUUAUUCAAAUUUUUUGCAAUGUAGUCAGCCCUUUUGUGACUGUAACAUAAGAACAUGUUGAAGUUGUAUGCAGUGGAACAAGAAAAUGUGACGUGAAGUUGUCUGGAAAGCGC